AAAAACAUGGAGACUUCUCUGAGGAGCAAAGCGUUUGGGCUACUCUUUACAGGGACAUCAGGUGUUUGCUUUGCUUGUGCCUCACUCUUUGUAAAGCUGUGUGGAGACGUUCCUAUCUCGCUGAUAAUCCUAGUGAGGUCUCUACUUCAGAUAAUUACCUCACUCAUUCUCAAUCUGGCCUGCUGGAGACAACCCUUCAAUCCUAAAGGGAAGAUGGAGAUGCUUGUUGGGUUUGGAGUGCUGGGUUUUCUGGCAGUAUACGGGAUAUACCUCUCCUUCCAGAGCAUCUCCCUGGGAGAGGCCACGGUGAUUAUCUCCACGUGUCCAGUAUUUGUGGCCAUUCUGGAGAGAGUCCUGCUUAAAGUUUCUGUUCCAGUGUCCACUACUAUAUCUGGUCUGGUGUGUAGUACGGGGGUGGUCAUCCUUACUCACUCUGCUAUGGGUGAGGACCUACAUCCUAUGUCUGGCCUGGGCUUUGCGAUUGUUACUCUAGCCACUAUCGCUCAAGCUGCAACCUUCAUACUUGUCAGACAGAUGAACAUCCACUUUGUAGUGCCGGUUUUCUAUUUAGGCAUUUCCAACACUCUCCUUAGUAUACUGGUGGCAGGACCUCAAUUAUCCCUGGAGUCGCUCCACAACAUACCUCUGGAUCAGUGGGGCUGGCUUCUCCUCGUCAGUGGAUUCGCUGUGACUGGAAGUUUCACACUGAACGUGGGCUUACAACAUGAACAAGCAGCUAUGGUAGCUCUAAUCAGGAAUGUGGACAUCGUCAUAGCUUACAUCUUCGACUUCCUGAUCUUCAAGCACAGUUUCUCUGCGAUGUCACUGUUCGGAGGUGGACUGGUUAUCCUAGCCACCAUAGGAAGUGGACUUGUAAGUCUACUCCAAGAGACGGACUACAAGAAAGUUAGACGUGAUUCUGUAAACCUUGAAAGUGAAGCAACGUUAGCCUCUCCAAGAGACGGACUACAAGAAAGUUAGAUGUGAUUCUGUAAACCUUGAAAGUGAAGCAACGUUAGCCGCUUCAAGUUGAGAAUAACUUUGUGGUGCUGGUUUGGUAGAUAUGUGGCCAUAGACAAGCUAAUCAUUAGAGACAAUCGAAUCGCAAUUUUAAUUUUAUCCAUUAAUAAUAUUUGUAAAUUCCGUUUCUUUUGCCAAAUAAAACGACUGAUAUCAAAUUUUCAUAAAUAGUUUUAACAUUAUUAUAUUGAUGAUAAUUGUGACAAAAUGUCCUGUAUACUUUUGGCUAUGAACGUAACGAUAUUUACAAUG